GUGGACCGUUCCCUUUAGAUAAAUAAUCUCAUUUGAAUUAUAUAAAAUGUAAAUGUAUUGAUAAACUUGUUUAGUGAUAGAAGCUGGUGAUAUGAAGCUGCUAGUGGUGUUGAGUUUGGUGAUAGUAGCCAUACAGGGCGCCAACGUGAGACAGCAGCGUCGGUUCCCUGAUGAAUUCCUCUUCGGGGCCGCUACAGCCGCAUAUCAGAUUGAAGGAGCUUGGAAUGAAGAUGGCAAAGGAGAAAACAUCUGGGAUCACAUGAUCCACAAUAACCCAAAUGUUAUCAGAGAUGUGACCAAUGGCGACGUCGCUGCCGACUCCUACCAUAACUACAAGCGUGAUGUCGAAAUGAUGAGGGAGUUAGGCCUGGACGCUUACAGGUUCUCCCUGUCCUGGCCUCGGAUCCUCCCUACAGGCAUGGCCAAUGAGGUCAACCCUGCUGGCAUCGCUUUCUACAACAAUUAUAUCGAUGAGAUGUUGAAAUAUAACAUCACUCCAAUGGUGACCCUCUACCAUUGGGAUCUUCCUCAAAAGCUGCAAGAUUUGGGAGGUUUCGCCAAUCCCCUCAUCAGCGACUGGUUCGAAGAUUACGCGAGGGUUGUCUUCGAAAACUUCGGAGACAGAGUUAAGAUGUUCAUCACUUUCAAUGAACCCAGAGAGAUCUGCUACCAGGGCUAUGGAGGUGAUCUGAAGGCUCCCAUCUUGAACUCCACUGCUAUGGGAACCUAUUUGUGUGGCAAGCAUCUUUUGAUAGCCCAUGCUAAGGCCUACCACAUGUAUAAUAAGGAGUUCAAGCCAACUCAAGGUGGACAGUGCGGUAUUACCAUCAGUGUGAACUGGUUUGGUCCAGCCACGGACUCUGCUGAAGACCAAAUGGCUGCAGAGAUCAAGAGACAAGGCGAGUGGGGUAUUUACGCCCAUCCAAUCUUCUCAUCUGAGGGAGGAUUUCCAAAGGAGUUCUCAGAAAGAGUGGCAGAGAAGAGUGCUCAGCAAGGAUACAGGCGCUCUCGCUUACCGGAGUUUACAGAAGAAGAGAAGGCACUGGUGAAGGGAGCAUCAGACUUCUUUGGAGUGAACCAUUAUACUGCAAGACUGGUGUCUGCUACAUUGUAUAAGGAAGCUGUUCCAGUCCCUUCUCUCUUAGAUGAUAUGGAUGUCGGUCAUAAUGCACCUGAUAACUGGGCUACUUCGGCCUCUUCUUGGCUUGUCUUGGCUCCAAACAGCAUCUUCAACGCUUUAAAGCAUUUAAAAGAGAGGUACAAUAACCCGAAAUUCUACGUGACUGAGAAUGGCUGGUCUACUUACUAUGAGACUGGUCUGAUGGAUGACGGCAGGGUCACCUACUACAGAGCGUCGAUGGAGAGCCUCCUAAACUGCUUGGAUGAUGGCAUCAACCUCAAAGGGUACAUGGCUUGGAGUCUGAUGGACAAUUUUGAAUGGAUGCAGGGUUACGUUGAGCGUUUCGGUCUGUAUCAAGUGGACUUCUCAGACCCUGCGCGCACGCGCACCCCCAGGAAGUCAGCGUUCGUGUACAAGCACAUCAUCAAACAUCGCGCCGUGGACUAUGAAUACGAGCCAGAGAGCAUGGUCAUGACUAUCGAUGAGGGACAUUGUCUCCUGGUUGGUUCCGAUGGCUGGACGGAUACCAGGAAGAGAACGUUCCCUCAGAACUUUCUUUUUGGAGCAGCAUCUUCAGCGUAUCAAGUGGAGGGGGCUUGGAACGAAGACGGCAAAGGUGAAAGUAUAUGGGACAGAUUUUCCCAUGAACACCCAGAGAAGAUAGCUGAUGGUAGAAAUGGAGAUGUAGCGAGUGACUCCUAUCAUCAGUGGAGAAGAGACGUGGAGAUGUUACGAGAACUGGGCGUGGACUUCUAUAGGUUCUCCAUAUCGUGGCCCAGGGUUUUACCUACAGGAUUUCCAAGCAGCAUCAACGAAGCUGGCUUCAAAUAUUAUGAUAAUUUAAUAGACGAACUCCUCAAAUAUGACAUUCAACCAAUGGUCACCCUCUACCACUUCGACUUGCCCCAAGAGUUAGAAGACUUGGGAGGUUGGACAAAUCCCCUAUCAGUCUCCUGGUUUGAAGAUUAUGCGAAAAUAGUCUUUAAAAGAUACGCGGAGAAGGUGAAGUUUUGGAUAACUAUAAAUCAACCAAAUACUAUUUGCAUGGAAGGUUAUGGCAGUGACCUCAUGGCUCCAGGGGUGAAUGUUAAAGACGUUGGGGCUUAUGAGUGUGUGAAGAAUGUUCUGUUAGCUCAUGCAAAAGCUUACAGGCUUUAUGAGAAGGAGUUCAAGAAGGAACAUGAAGGUAACGUUGGCAUUGGAGUGGCAGUCAACUGGUUCGAAUCCUUGGAUCAUAAUAACACAGUCAAUAAGGAAGCUGCUGACAGAGCAAGGGCGUUUGAGUUCGGCAUAUACCUCCACCCAAUAUUUUCUAAAGAGGGUGACUUCCCUCCUAUCAUCAGAACCAUAGUGGACAAGAAGAGUCAAGAGCAAGGAUUCAAGACCUCCAGACUGCCAAAGCUGUCUGCUGAAGAAAUUAAGUUGCUUAGAGGUUCAGCAGAUUAUCUAGGCAUGAACCACUACACCACAUUCCUAGUGCAACAUAGCAAGGAGAAGUUCGAAAGUCCUUCAGUAGAAGAUGAUCGCAACACUAUAUACUCACAAGGUCCUGAAUGGACUUCUGGUAAAUCAUCCUGGCUGAAGAGUGCACCGUACGGCCUCUACAAAGCUUGCGUCCACCUCAACCUGAACUACGACUACCCACCAAUUAUCAUCACGGAACAUGGUUGGUCUACCGACAAGGGUCUUGGAGACCAGUCUAGGGUGAACAAUAUGAGGGGGUACUUAGGAGCCCUACUGCUGGCCAUGGAAGAUGGGACACAAGUCAAAGGGUACACGGUGUGGAGUCUCAUGGAUAAUGUCGAAUGGACCGCUGGUACCAGUGAACGUUUUGGCCUCUACGAAGUGGAUUUCGAAUCAGAAACUAAAGAGAGAACAGCUCGUCUCUCAGCUCUAGUCUACAAGCAUAUCAUAGAGACAAGAGUCGUGGAAGAUGGAUGGAGCCCAAGCAGUUUGAAGAUAGAAAUAACUAAGAAGAAAGAUGAAAAGAACAAUAAUUACAAAGGAGAAUUAUGAUGCUCUCCCCUACUUUCAACGCAUGUCACUUGAGUCAUGCAAUGUUUUCUUUUUCAAUUUUCUAUUUUCAGAAGAUGACUGAAAACUGUUACAGUCUGGCAAACGAAAGUAGAGACUGAAAAAGCCCGGCAAAUUUAAAAAAUAUAAGUAUAGCAACCCAAAAAUUAGU